GACAGUCCGCCCGGCCGCUCCAACCGGUUGCAUUGGUAAUGCGUGAAUUGUGUACGACGGGUGUAAACAAUAAUCGGUCCGUAUACAAAUGUACGGUGUACUCGUUCGUGUAAAUAUUAACUGUGUAUAUUAUGCGCGCACGCCUUAAUGAAAUAUAAAAAAAAUAAUUUGAGUUAAGUUUUCGCGUGUUUUGGUAAUUUUUUUAUUUUUCGAUAAUUAGAAAAAAAAUUGCGUUUCAUUUUCUUUUUUACAAUUAUUUUCGUCGUCGUCGUGCACCUCGUAUAUUAUAAUAGAACGACGAUCGCGCGAGCGCAAGCGGCAUCGAAAUAACGGUAUGGACAUGCUGAUCGUUAAGGCCGAAGACGAAAAUGACGAGAGAAAAUCUCUCAACAACAACAACAACAACAACAACAAUAACAACAAUAACAGCUGUAAGAAGAACAGCGGCGUCGUUCCGACAGCGAAAACGGUGCCGGCGACUGGUGGAGUCGGGACAGGCAGGUCCGAAAAACCGCCCUACUCGUAUAUAGCCUUAAUCGUCAUGGCGAUCCAGAGUUCACCGGUGAAAAGACUCACCCUCAGCGAAAUAUACUCUUUCCUCCAGCACCGAUUCCCUUUCUUCAGAGGUUCCUAUCAGGGAUGGAAAAACUCGGUGCGACAUAACCUGUCCCUGAACGAAUGUUUCAUCAAGCUACCGAAAGGCCUUGGUCGUCCUGGCAAAGGUCACUACUGGACGGUGGAUCCAGCGUCGGAGUUGAUGUUCGAGGAGAGCUCGUUCAGGCGAAGACCCCGGGGAUUCCGCCGCAAGUGCCAACAGAAGACUAUCGGACCGAUCGGCGGCGUCGUCGGCAAUGGUUAUCAAACGUCACAGUACCACCAGCACCUUCACCACCAUCACCAUCACCAGAACCUGCAGUUGCAGCAACAGCAACAGCACCACCAUCAUCAACAGCAGCAAUCGCAGUCGUUGCCACAGACGCAACCGUCACCGGUUCUGCCACCUGCACAGCCGCCACAGCCUCCGCAACAGCAGCAACAGCAAUCGAUCGCCACUCAACCACAUCCGCAACAACCGCAACCACAGUCGCAGCCGGUGGCGUGUUACCUGCACGACCAGUACGAUUACAAGGACGCCACGGCUGCAAUGGUAGCGGGAUACCAUCACCAGCAGCAACAGCAACAGGACUACGGUAGCGGUGCGGGCGGUGGAGGAAUCGGCGUCAGCGGCGGUGGAGGUUACUGCAGUAGGAACGACCAGUUGGACCAUUUUGCUGCCAGCUUUUGGCAAAGUCAAAAGUCUGACGGUUACGUAGGAGGCGCAGGUGGUUACCAAGAACAGUUUGAUUACGGCUGCCAGUACAACUUGACUCACGACAAUGGUUAUAGCACGGUUGCCAGAAGAUCGGCGACUGCGGCCGGACAAACACAACAGACCGUCAUGGACAACGCUAUGAACGCCAGUAGCGGAUUACCACAACACAUAAGUCUCCACCAUUAUUAUGACUGUCCGAAGUUUUGCUAAGCCGUCGUCGUAUAAUAUAUAAUAAGAGCGUAUCGUCUGUGACGUAUAUUACGGACUUUCGAGUUUCGAAAAAGUCUGACGCUUUUAUUAGCACUGCGGUAACACAAUAACAUAAACCGCUGGAACUUCAACAAAUAUUUCACUUUCAAAUCGGGUGUAAUUUUCUUUUGUAUAUAUAUAAACAUAAAAUAAGAUAAUUUUUGGCUAAAUCUACGUUAUCUUUAUUAUCGUACGUCACGAAAUGUAUAGUAUAAUAACGCUCGUAAACAUUAAAACGGAUGGAUAGCCAAAUCGGUAUAUCGAAGCAUUAGGUUAUCGCGCGAUUCCUUUCAACAAUAUGUCUUUCACUUUUAAGUUUUAACAAAUAUUAGAAUUUAUUGUCGUCUUUAUUCUGAAUAACUUGAUUACCCAGAAAGACUCUUAAAGCAUUCACACAUCAUUUUGUAACUGACUUUGGCGCAUGUGUGAGCUGUGAGCUGUGAGUACAGUAUAUCACAUAAGUAGCGAAAAAAUAAUAUUUUAAAUCCAUACUUCUGAAAAAGUUUUAAAGCGAAAACAUAUUUCUUAGCUUAUCCUUUUCAAAACUUUUUGUUUUUAUAAUUUAAACACAUAUUAACGAAAUAAGCUACCAACAGAUAUAAAAAAAAAAUGCAUAAUAAAUCAUACAGAUACUUAACGAAAAUCAAUUUAAUCUCUCAGCGUGUACAACAAAAAUAUUGCCCGAUGUUAUUUAUACUUCAUGGAAGUUUUAUUUUUAAGUUUAAAGUAUGAUGUACAUAAUUUAUUUAUAAAUUAAUAUAUUUUUUCACAUUUUGUAAAUAAUAUAAUAUUGGCCAACCAUCAGUUGUGCGAAUACGAAUAUCGAACGUCUCUAUAUAGUCUCUAUGUAGUGUAAUAUAUCGACGAAACGUGAAUGUUCGAUAUUUUGUAUUGAUUAAAAGGCUGAAAAUAGUAUAUUUAAAUCAAUAUCAUGUACUACGUUUAUUAUGUAAAUAGUU